GGCAAUCUACCAUUGACCCUGUUGAGGCUAUCUAUGAUAUCAAGAAACCACGGAUGGCUACCAACGUAGUCGUGGAAAUUAUUGAGAUCGUCGAAGACCUUUAUCUACCGCAACAACGAGAGAAAUGGCGGCGAUAAAGUUAUUGGGAUUGGAUCUUACCGGUAACGAAUACAAGUUUGCUAAAGCAAUAGCAGAGCUGGUCAGAAAACUACCCUCCUGUGUCCAUUGCAGAAGAGACAAAUGAAAUGGAGCUUUGCUCUCGGUAUGUCGAUCCUUUCUUGGGCGGUAUAUUUGAUGAGCCCGAUGAAGGCGUUUUCUUGCGGUGGACGAAUGAAACCACCUUGGAGGCGAAAAAACAACAAAGCUUGCUGAGUUGGCAGCCUGACAUCUGCAUAACCAGACUACGAGGCGUCAAAUGGAAGGCGCAUAUUGGUUUUGGGGAGGCGAAACCAGCAAAAUCAAGGCUCAAACCACUACACGGUCUGUCGGGAUCUUCUACGCGUCGCAGUUUUCUGUAAAGACGCCCUGGAUACGCAGAAAAUGAUGGGUGUCAUGGGCUUGCAAAUUAUUGGCAGAACAAUAACAAUCUUGAUAACUAUAUCGAUAGGCUAUUCCAUAGACAAGGCUCAAAAUAAAAUAAAUUGGGC